AUGGCGAAAGGAAUAUAUUCUACCGAGUCAGAUUGUGAAACAAUCACUUUACCUGAUUCAUUGGAAAUUGUAGUUGAAGGAAAUUCAGCCAUUUUGGAUUGCUCGAACCAUGUUCUUGCAUCAUCCUUAUCAAGUUCCAAGAAUUCCCCGAAAACUAUCAUAUUGAGAAAUAUUGAAUUGAAAUUUGUUGGUUUUCAAUUAUAUGGUUCUCAUGUCAUUUGUGAGAAUUGCACAUUUCAUGCAUCCAUUGAAGUAAUCUUUAGCGAUUUUAGAUUAACCAUGAUCAAUAGUAUUGUGGAAAAUGUUUCAUGGAAAUCUAAAAUGCAAAAAACUGUGAUUGGUUCCAAAAUUGUCAAUUCUGUGUUUAGUAGUUUUUCUGUUCAAAUUACCAGUGCAGAAAAUUGGCUUGUGAGAGAAUCCAUAUUGGAAAAUGUUAUUUUUGAUUCAAGUUUCGACUAUAAUCCUAUAUCUCAACCCAAUCAUGCACUAUUUUCAAUUUCUAACAGUACAGUGAUUGGUUCAAUAUUCCGUGUCACUCAAUAUUCGAAUACAUCGAGUGUGCUUCGAGUGAUCACAGGACUAUUGCUCAAAAUUGAAAAGACCAUAUUUACUGAACUUGGUGAGACACCUGUUUCAGUUCGUGGUGUUUCACGGGUACAAGUCGAACAAUGUUCAUUCUCUCACAAUGAUGGAGGUGGAUUACAAGUUGACUUUCAAGAUGUUGAGUCGAAUGCAGAAAUUUCAAUUUCUAAUUCUAGUUUUACCAGUAACAAGUCACCAACGAAUCAUGGAGGAGCAGUUCAUGUCAAAUUUGCUGAUCUAGUGGGAAUUUUAAAUGUUGUUUUUGAAAAUAAUUCGGCACUAAGUAAUAAUGGCGGAGCAUUAUUUUUACAAACAAUUGCCAUGAAUUUGUAUUCCUUGAGUUUUGUCAAUAAUUCUGCAAUGGAUGGUGGAGCUCUCUAUCUAAGUCGUUGGAGUUCUAAUGACAAAAUUACGACAUAUUGGUCCAAUUAUUACUUUGAACGUUUAACAUUUCAAAACAAUUUAGCUCAAUCGAGAGGAGGAGCCAUAUUUUUUGACUUACCCAUACAUGAUCAUCCUUUGGUGAGACGCUCCAAUCUAUAG